UAGCUCAGAGGUAAAGAAGCUCGAUGUUUUGUGCAGGGAGAAACACUUUGGUCCAGUUGUUCCUCCUCCUUAUAGCGCACGAGUGUCUCUCGUCUAAAGGAGAGGACAGGUUGUUCCGCCGCUUGUUUCGAAGGUAUAAUCAAUUCAUCCGACCGGUGGAGAACGUGUCAGAUCCAGUGACGGUGGAGUUUGAGGUCUCCAUCUCUCAGCUCGUCAAAGUGGAUGAAGUUAAUCAGAUAAUGGAGACCAACCUUUGGUUGAGACACAUUUGGAAUGACUACAAGCUCAAAUGGACUCCAACUGAAUUCGAUGGCAUUGAACACAUCCGAGUUCCAUCCAAUAAGAUCUGGAGGCCUGACAUUGUGCUCUACAACAAUGCUGUAGGUGACUUUUUGGUGGAAGAUAAGACUAAAGCCCUGCUGAAAUUUGAUGGCACCAUCACCUGGGUCCCUCCAGCUAUAUUUAAAUCCUCCUGCCCCAUGGACAUCACCUACUUCCCCUUCGAUUACCAAAACUGCUCCAUGAAGUUCGGCUCAUGGACGUACGACAAGGCCAAGAUCGACUUGGUGCUGAUUGGCUCCAGGGUGAACGUCAAGGAUUUCUGGGAGAGCGGUGAGUGGGAGAUCAUCGACGCUCCCGGGUACAAGCAUGACAUCAAGUACAACUGCUGUGAGGAGAUUUACACGGACAUCACGUACAGCUUCUACAUCCGGCGUCUGCCUUUGUUCUACACCAUCAACCUCAUCAUCCCAUGCCUCCUAAUCUCCUUCCUGACCAUCCUGGUCUUUUAUCUUCCAUCGGAUUGUGGUGAGAAGGUGACACUGUGCAUUUCUGUUCUUCUGUCCCUCACCGUCUUUCUGCUGGUCAUAACUGAGACCAUCCCGUCCACGUCUCUCGUGAUCCCUCUGAUCGGCGAGUACCUCCUGUUCACCAUGAUUUUUGUCACGCUCUCUAUCGUCAUCACCGUCUUCGUGCUCAACGUGCACUACCGCACUCCCACCACGCAUGCCAUGCCCGCCUGGGUGCGUGCCGUUUUCCUCCAGACACUUCCCAGGAUCAUGCUCAUGAGACGUCCAGAGUCCUCUGGGAAGGAAGGUGGACCUGAAAGUGGGACCGUGUCUGGAACUGGACGAGGAGAAGGAAAGAAAAGCAGCAGCAGCAACUGUUUGGAGUCUGGAGACGGGCAAGUGAGGGAAGCAGAGGGCAAAAAGGGGGCAUGUCCACGUCAUUCAAUAAAAGAUGUCCCAGAGGGGGACUGUGGGAAGGCCAGUCGGCAGCUGAGUGCCGUAAACACGGUCGUGGCAUUUUCAGUGGUGUCACCUGAGAUCAAGCAGGCGAUCGAGAGUGUCAAGUACAUAGCGGAGAACAUGAGAAGCCGUAACAAGGCUAAAGAGGUAGAGGAUGACUGGAAGUACGUGGCCAUGGUAAUUGAUCGGAUCUUUCUGUGGGUGUUCGUACUGGUGUGUGUACUCGGAACGUUUGGCCUUUUCUUCCAGCCUCUCAUUGGCUUUUUCGCAUAACCGCUGGUCAAUCCAACACACACCACAUGUUUUGUCCAGUCAUAGACCAGUGCAUCUGUAUCUACCAGUCACCGGAAUCACGGACACAAUCACAAUGAUGUAUUCAAUCACUUCAGCUUUCACAAUAGUAAAAUACUCGUGUCCUGUCACACCACAUAUAAAAUCACAAUCGGUUCAUUUACAGUUUUGCUUAUUUUAAUACAAUUAUCGGGCGUAUAUAUGAAAAGAAGGGUGGUCAAGUUGUACACAAGACCACAAGAAAAGUCAACAAAUCAUCCAACAUAACAGAGAAAAAUAAACAACAUGA